GUGACGUGUGCGUGUUCCACGUUGGCCCGGACGUGGCAGUCGGCAGUGCUCCUGUGUGGAAAUCACGGUGAAAAAGCGGAUCAGAGAUAAAGCAACACAGUCUACGUGUGUGUUCCUGCUGCGGCUUGUGUCACUUCUACUCCCACAAAGUUAAACAUCCACGGACAGUUAUGGGGCUCACCAUCUCGUCCAUCUUCGGUCGGCUUUUUGGCAAAAAACAGAUGAGGAUUUUGAUGGUUGGAUUGGAUGCUGCGGGAAAAACGACCAUCUUGUACAAACUGAAGCUGGGUGAAAUUGUAACUACCAUCCCAACCAUCGGUUUUAAUGUGGAGACGGUAGAAUUUAAAAAUAUCAGUUUCACCGUGUGGGACGUGGGUGGCCAGGACAAGAUCAGGCCUCUCUGGAGGCAUUACUUCCAGAACACACAGGGCCUCAUCUUUGUAGUGGACAGCAAUGACAGAGAAAGAGUGGCUGAAUCAGCAGAAGAGCUGUCUAAGAUGCUGCAAGAAGACGAGUUGAAAGAUGCCGUUUUGCUGGUAUUUGCAAACAAACAAGAUCUUCCCAACGCCUUAUCGGUCAGCGAGCUGACGGACAAACUUGGCCUUCAUGCCCUUCGCAGCAAAACUUGGCACAUUGAGUCUACCUGCGCUACCCAGGGAACUGGGCUAUAUGAAGGACUUGACUGGCUAUCCCAAGAGUUGUCCAAGAACUGAGGAAGGACUGUUUGGAUAGAAGAAAGAGACUAAACGCCACAAAAUAGGACUGAAGGCACAGACAUUCAGUCAAGAAACUUUCAAGCAUUAGUGAUCACACAAGGGAUAAGGCUGGUGGAAAAAAUUAAUAACUCCUCUUUUUGAUUGUGUUAUCAGUUACAUUAUCUCUUGACCUAGUGUCUAUUCUCUUUUUGUUCCUACUUAUCACCACUUAUCAUUUCCAUUUAAUGCCUUGGCUCCUGUCUAGGCAGCAUCUGCAGUAAUCAUUUCCUUGUACUUAGACUUUAUCUUCCUCAACCAUUUACUAGGAGGGAUAUGACAAAAUAAAAAACUUUAUUUAAAGACAAUUUAUAGGCCACAAACUGUGAAUGUUAGACCCAGCCCUGUGGUUCACCUCUGUGUCCUUAAUCUAAUGGCAACUCAUUUUUGAAAAGGCUUGUGCCUUUUAGUCUGAGGUGCAGGAGGAUUGCAGUGAUUUUGUUACUAGUGUGGAAUCACAUGUAUCCACAAAGGAGCAUCGUGCCUUCUGGUCCCUCUUUGCCUAAAUCUGAGUAAUCCUUUCUUUAUCACAUUGUUAGGUCAUGCUCCCUCCUAAUAUGCUUUUGUCUCUCUAUGCUUAUAAAAUUAUGCAAUAAGAUGUGGUGGAUUGCAUGCUGGGGUGCAGCAAAACCAAAGUGAGGACAGAUUUCUUUCUGCAACUUAUCCUGUUUGAACAUCUGCGAAUUUGGCUCAUUUGCCUUUUUUCACUUUGUUUUUAUGAACCACAAUGGAAAAAGAGGGAACUUAAGUUCUUUUAUCUUGUGAUCUUCUAUCCUCCCGACAAAAAAUCUUUUUACUAAAAGGAGGAAGGAAGCAUCUUUUCAGUGUUGACACACCACCAGUGUCAUUGCAACACAGUAAAGCAGCAUGUGUUUUUUUUUUUUUUUUUUUUCUUUGUUGCUUUUGUCUGUUUCUCAGCUGUUGUACUGUUUUACAAAUACUGUGUUACAUAUCCCAUACCUACCCAUCAAUUUAUCUGGGUACAUUCCAACUUGUGCUUUAAGAUGUUGACACUUGUCAAAAAUAUUCUCUAACAAUGUUUUCCAAAUAAAGUUAGUGUUUAAAGAUA